CCCGUCCCGAUGUGGUGACGUCAUUGGAAGAUGGCCGGGGCGGGCGCGUCGCCAUUUUGAAGGGCUCGGAGAGCGGGGGAGGGUACAGCAGCGCAAUCCGAAGCCAAUCCGCCGCCAUCCUCAGCUUAGUGCAGCCCGGCCUGUUCGCCUGCAGCUUCGGCCACAUCCUUGGGCACCGCGCUAACGCCGGCUACCUCCAUUUCCAGCCGGUUCCGCCAUGGCAGGAGUUGGAAGUGGUGGCAAUGACAUUCAGUGGUGUUUCUCUCAGGUGAAAGGAGCUAUAGAUGACGAUGUUGCAGAAGCUGAUAUUAUUUCCACGGUAGAAUUCAACCACUCUGGAGAAUUACUCGCAACUGGGGACAAGGGAGGUAGAGUCGUCAUAUUCCAGCAGGAGCAAGAGAACAAAAGUCAGCCUCAUUGCAGAGGUGAAUAUAAUGUUUACAGUACUUUUCAGAGCCAUGAGCCUGAGUUUGACUAUUUGAAAAGUUUAGAAAUUGAGGAAAAGAUCAAUAAAAUAAGAUGGUUACCCCAACAAAAUGCUGCACAGUUCCUGCUCUCGACAAAUGACAAAACAAUAAAGUUGUGGAAAAUUAGUGAAAGAGACAAACGGCCAGAAGGUUAUAACUUGAAAGAAGAGGAUGGUCGAUACAGGGACCCUGCCACAGUCACUACACUUAAGGUUCCAGUAUUCAAACCAAUGGAUUUAAUGGUUGAAGCAAGCCCGCGAAGGAUAUUUGCUAAUGCACAUACAUAUCACAUAAACUCUAUUUCAGUCAAUAGUGACUAUGAAACUUACUUAUCAGCGGAUGAUCUUAGGAUUAACCUGUGGCAUUUAGAAAUCACAGACAGAAGUUUUAAUAUUGUAGAUAUCAAGCCUGCUAACAUGGAGGAGCUGACUGAGGUGAUUACAGCAGCGGAGUUCCACCCUAAUCAGUGCAACACAUUUGUGUACAGCAGUAGCAAGGGAACCAUUCGACUGUGUGACAUGCGAGCAGCUGCCCUGUGUGACAAACAUGCCAAAUUGUUUGAAGAACCCGAAGAUCCCAGUAACAGAUCCUUUUUCUCAGAAAUAAUUUCUUCAAUAUCAGAUGUCAAAUUCAGUCACAGUGGUCGUUACAUGAUGACGCGAGAUUACCUAUCGGUUAAAAUCUGGGAUUUAAAUAUGGAAAGCAGACCUGUGGAGACAUACCAGGUGCACGAAUACCUCCGAAGCAAACUCUGCUCGCUAUAUGAAAACGACUGUAUAUUUGACAAGUUCGAAUGUUGUUGGAAUGGUUGUGAUAGUGUUGUCAUGACUGGGUCGUACAACAAUUUUUUCAGAAUGUUCGACAGAAACACAAAACGGGACAUUACGCUAGAGGCCUCAAGAGAGAACAGCAAACCACGGGCUAUCCUGAAGCCACGCAGGGUGUGCUCAGGAGGCAAGAGGAAGAAGGACGAGAUUAGUGUUGAUAGUCUGGACUUCAACAAGAAGAUCCUGCACACAGCUUGGCAUCCGAAGGACAACAUCAUUGCUGUAGCCACAACCAACAAUCUGUAUAUAUUCCAGGACAAAGUGAAUUAAAACAAGUGCAGUGAAGCAAGAAUCCAAUUCCUGCCUAGUUAAGAUAGCGUAGCCUUUAUAUCUUGUAAGAGAGAGGCCCAAACCGGCCCCCUCCCCAGCUCCUCUCUUGAAUCAGUGCCAUUUAUAACGCACACCAGUCACAUUAUCCAAGUUUCUUUUGCUCCUGUUCCCUACCCCACUCAAAAUUCAGGCCAUGUUCGCUCGUCAUUUGGCAGGGAGGGAGGUUGUCUCUUCAUUACAAAUUAUGGGCCACUACAUUAGCAUUUUACUGCAUCAGACCUUCAUUUAAUCCACUCCUUUGCCUUCCAUUGUGGUGAGGUCUUGAAGAAGAAGUCCUUCAGUCAUGAUAUGGCAAUGUUUUACUGUGUACCCUGAUUACUGUAAUGUUCUCUUUUCCCCCUCCCCGCUCCUCUUUUUAUCGACAGACAGCUUGUUGUUAACGCUUGUGACAUUCCUCCUCUGACCUCACAGACUCCUCCUGGCCCUGUUGGAGUGUAAAGGACAUGAGCAGGUCAGAGUUGGGUCAGUGAGUCAGGUGGUUAUUGUUGCAUACAGAUGUUUUAACAACCAACUGUAAUAUUGCUGCCCUUGCCAUUUCUGGCGCAAGAGAAACCUACUGAAUAAAAAUGAUAAAAAAUAGCUCCUUUAUUUGGUGCUUUUUCUUUUUUGAAAUGAUGUGUAAACUGUUAAACCCAUGUACUAUUAUUUUAAAUGAAUGCAUUAAAGAAUGUGUCUAACACCGGUAAGUUUUACUGAUGUUUGUGCUGGAAUCUGAACCUUAAGUAUUUUUUACUCGGUGUUAAUAAACUUGUGCAUUUUCAAUGGG